ACUGCCUAAGUAGAGAGUGAGAAAGGGGGCAAUGGAAGUUGAGAAGAUGAUCAGUAGCAUGGGAUCAGCUACUAAUUAUAAGAACGAUGAUGAUGAUGAUGUUGAUGUUCCAGUACUUCCAGGGUUCCGUUUCCAUCCGACUGAUGAAGAACUUGUGGGGUUUUAUCUUCGUCGCAUGAUCGAGAAAAAGCCCUUGCGUAUCCAACUCAUCAACCAGGUUGAUAUCUACAAAUACGACCCUUGGGAUCUUCCAAUGCAUAUGCCUUCAGAGGGUGGUAAAGCUGGAGACAAGGAGUGCUACUUCUUUUGCAAACGAGGGAAAAAAUACAAAAAUAGUGUAAGACCUAAUAGAGUCACUGGGUCCGGGUUUUGGAAGGCAACUGGGAUUGACAGACCAAUAUAUUCUACCGAUCAUGUCCAAGAAGGAGAAGGCCAUGAAUGCAUUGGACUCAAGAAAUCAUUGGUAUACUAUCGCGGGAAAGCUGGGAAGGGCACAAAGACGGAUUGGAUGAUGCAUGAAUAUCGUCUUCCUGAUUAUCAUGAUCAUGAUCAUCAUAAGAUCAUUACCAAACGUAUCCAUGUUAAAAACAUCGUUGAUCAAGAAGCUGAAGUUUGGACACUUUGUCGAAUACUUAAGCGAAAUGCAUCUUGUAAAAAGUACAACAUACCAGAUUGGAGAGAAGUAUCUUCCAAAACAAAUCCAGUCGAUGAUGAAAGUUGUAAAACAUGUGGUAGUGUAGAGAUGAAUGGGAGUCACGAAAACUACGGCAUGAGUUCCGAAGCUCCAACAAAUCAACAAAAUGAGAAGAAGCAAUUUGUGAAUCAUGUGGGUGAGGCCAACCAAUUAUUGAGUAGUACUGUAGGCCAGCUGAGCUCUAUAAUAUCGCAAACUCCGUCUUCUUCAUCAAGCCCCUUUGGACCCCGGGUGAAGGAGUUCACUACUUAUGGGGACUGGGAUGAGCUCACACCGGUUGUGGAAUUUGCUUUCAAUCCAUUUCUGCAGGGUAAUUAA